GCAACAGCUCCUGAAGCUGCGCUGCAGAUCAUUAUACUGGGCUCGCAGGGAGGACCGCUGGAGUCCAACUGCACUGCUUUUCUCGUGCGGUCGCUAGCCUCGGGAUGGAGAAAGGGCUCUUUGAUGGCCGUCGACGCCGGCGUGCACUUAGGCGCCAUCACCCGCAUCCUCGAGGAGACACAACCACCGGAUCUUGGCAAGACGGAGGAGUUUGCGCUGCCAUUCGUGUUACAGACUGGUCCCUUUGCUGGGCUGAAGGUGCACUCUGCCUCGGCGAAAACAAACGCCGCGAGGAUACAGGGCGACCUGGUGGACACAUAUCUCAUCACACAUCCUCAUCUCGACCACAUAUCCGGAUUCGUCAUCAACACGGCAGGGCUAGCAGGCCCGCGGCGAAAGAAGCUCGCCGGCCUGCCUGCGACGAUACAGGCCCUCAAGACGCACAUAUUCAACAACGUGAUCUGGCCCAAUCUGUCAGACGAAGACCACGGCGCCGGGCUCUUCACCUACCUGCGGCUGAACGAGGGCGGGUCGCCAGCCAUGGGCAACCUUGACGGCUACCUCGAGUUUAACGAAGGCCUCGCGGUCAAGACGUGGAGCGUGAGCCAUGGCCAUCUCAUAGAAAGGCAGCCCCACCGUGGCAGCGGUAGCAACACCCGCUAUGGGAGCCUAGAUGCAUCGUCGGGACCUCUGGCCUUUGGCACAGGGAUGCUCAGCCCCAGAUCGAUAGCACACCACACCUCCAGCCCGGGGCUCGCCAACUACUUUCAGCAGCACCAGCUGAGCCUCGCCCACGAGCGCGCCCAGUCCAUCCUUCCAGGGUCUGGAGCCCCGUCGGGAGGACGUGGACCCGCCGGGUUGAGCCUGAGUGGCGGGCACAGUCCGACCGAGAUACCGUGCGUGUACGACAGCAGCUCUUUCUUUAUACGUGACGUGGAGACUGGCGCCGAGGUCCUCAUUUUUGGCGACGUUGAGGCCGACAGCAUAUCGAUGCACCCCCGGAACCUGCUCAUCUGGCAGGAAGCUGCGCCUAAGAUCGCGGCGGGCAAGCUGAAGGCCAUCCUCAUCGAGUGCAGCUACGACGACAGCCGGCCCACCGACAGGCUGUUCGGCCACCUGACGCCCUCCUUCUUGAUCCAAGAGAUGACGGCUCUUGCCGAGGAGGUGAGGGCCUUCAAGACCCGACAGGCCACGGAGCCCAAGGAGCCAGAGGACCUCCGGCGCGGGGGCAAGCGCAAACGUGACAUGAUGGACGACCUCACCAUUGCGGGGCGUCGCAGGGCGACGAAGGUGGUGACGCGUGAUUGGGGCAACAUGAGCACCACGAGCGAGGAGCCGGUCAGCCCGAGAACCAUCAAGGCCUCUUGGCUGAGCGGCCAGCCACCGCACGGGCGGAUGGAGGCCAAGACCGCGUCCGAGUCGCCCCCGCCCUCAUCGGCGCCCGCAGUGCAGCUCUCUGUCGGGAACCUGGCCAGACACCAUACGACGACCUCGAGCCCAAGUCCCGGGACGACUUCAGCGUCGCAAGCACCCCUCCGCCCCGUUCUCGCGGCCCGAGAUCACCCUGCGCAGCUGUCAGGCGUCAAAGUUGUCGUUAUACAUAUGAAGGACACGCUGGACGAUGAUCCGCCCAUAGGGGACACGAUCCUCGAGGAGCUGAGGGAGCAUGAGUCAUUCAUGGAGACACCGCUGGGGUGUGAGUGGGUGAUCUCGGAGAGUGGGCAAAGCCUGCUGCUGUGA